AAACCAAAAAAUAAAUGAGAUGUCGACAUUCUCGCGCUCACUCUCCCAUAAAAAGUCGCACCUGUAACUCAUAGAAUGAAUCAAAACCCUAGGAUUAUCCAAUAAUGUUGACAUUUUACUAACACAACUCAAGUACUUCCUCAUAUCAUUCAAUAAUCCAUACGAAGAAAUUCCUGCAACUGACUUAAAAAUCACUUUUUUUUUUCUGUUCCUAUUUCGUGUUCACGCAUGUACCAUGUUCUUCCUGACUUCUUCUUCUUCAAUUCAUAAUUUCGAACCUGUAUAAAUAAACCCAUAAACUCACUUCAAUUCUCCAGAAAACAAAACCAAUUUGUUGUACAAUCCCAAGAAGAUGGCUUUCUUCGAGGGACAUAAUGCUUCUUCUUCAAUAUACAUCGAACAAAUUACAGACAAAGUUCAGAGAUAUUCAGGGAAAUUUUUGUUGGAGUUAAUUUCGACUUCAAUGGCGACGACAGACUGUAAAGAAACCGAUUCAACAGAUUGCAGAAACGAUUCAGAAGCAUUCACAUUAAAAAUGAUAGCAAUUGUAGCAAUUCUAAUCUCCGGGACGGCAGGAAUUGCACUUCCACUCAUCGGAAAAGAAAAGAAAUUCUUAAGAACAGACAGUAAUUUGUUUUUCGCAGCUAAAGCAUUUGCAGCUGGUGUGAUUCUCGCAACCGGGUUCGUUCAUAUCUUGCCAGAUGCAACAGAAGCACUUACUAACGAAUGUCUGCCGGCAGUUCCAUGGUUGAAAUUUCCAUUUGCUGGGUUUAUUGCAAUGAUGGCUGCACUGUUAACCUUAGUAGCUGAUUUUCUUGGGACUCAAUUUUAUGAGAAGAAACAGCAAAAGCAGAAUGAAGAAGAAGAAGCAAGAAGAGCUGAGGAUGGUUAUGAAUCGUUGGAAUCGGCGGCAGAUGGUCAAAUCGCUACCGUGUUGGGUGGAAACAGCCAGAGUAGUCAUACCAAUAGUAAAGUCUUUGGUGAAGAAGAAGGGGGUGGUAUGCACAUUGUUGGAAUGCGUGCUCAUGCUGCACAUCACAGUCAUAAUCAUAUGCAAGGGAAAGAUGCUUGUGAUAGUCAUGCCGUCAUUGAUGAACAUGGUCAUGGUCAUUCACACGGCUUUGGGGACGAGGAUAGCAUGGCCGAGGGUAUUCGACAUGUCGUCGUCUCUCAGAUAUUGGAACUUGGGAUUGUAUCACAUUCGGUGAUAAUUGGGUUGUCACUUGGAGUAUCACAUAGUCCAUGUACAAUAAGGCCAUUGAUAGCUGCAUUGUCAUUCCACCAGUUCUUCGAAGGAUUUGCAUUAGGAGGUUGCAUUUCACAAGCUCAGCUAAAGAAGCUGUCAACAAUGUUGAUGGCGUUCUUCUUUGCCGUGACAACCCCAGCUGGGAUUGGAAUGGGUACUGGAAUCGCAUCUUUCUAUAACUCUAACAGUCCAAGAGCAUUGGUCGUCGAAGGGGUUCUGGAUUCAAUAUCUGCUGGAAUUCUGGUGUAUAUGGCUUUGGUGGAUUUGAUUGCAGCCGAUUUUCUAAGUAAGAGAAUGAGAUGUAACUCUAAGCUUCAAAUUAUUUCUUACUUUGCUCUAUUUUCUGGAGCUCUUUCCAUGUCUUCGUUAGCAAUUUGGGCUUGAUAAUGUUUUUUAAAAAAUUCCAUGUGUGUAAAUCAUUUUGUUAACGUUUUGUUAGCAUUCUCUUCGUCUUCUUUUUCAUCUUUAUGAUUGUUGGAGAUGGAGAAAGUAGACACUCGUGCAGAAGAGGAAUUCCAGUUGUGGCCUGCGCCUCUAUUUUCAUUGCGCUUCAUUUUUGUCCUUGUAUCUUGUUUUACAAUUGAUAUCAUCUUCACUUGACAGUGAUGAACAAACAGAUGGUUGUUCCAAA